GCGCCUGCGCAGCCACUCUUCCUUCGGCGGCCGCCAUGGCGGGGCAAGAGGAUCCGGUGCAGCGGGAGAUUCACCAGGACUGGGCGAACCGGGAGUACAUUGAGGUCAUCACCAGCAGCAUCAAGAAAAUCGCGGACUUUCUCAAUUCGUUCGAUAUGUCUUGUCGUUCCCGACUGGCCACGCUAAACGAGAAAUUGACUGCUCUUGAACGGAGGAUAGAGUACAUUGAAGCACGGGUGACAAAAGGUGAGACGCUCACCUAGAGCCUUGCUGGGCUGCUGCUGGGAAGUUGCUUCGCAGAGUGCAGGCCACGGGGAAAGGCCCAGCAGCCCUCAGCGUCUCCGUCUCUCCCUCAAGAGCAGUGGGGCUUUAUCUCGUUUUUCUGUUUUCGAAAGUAUGGCCUGUGGGCUCUGCCAGGUACAUCUGGGAGUGUGAUGUGGCGUGUGGGAGGAGUCCCGGGGACUCCUGGAAGCAGCAUCAGGCAUUCACCCUUCCAGUCACGUUGUGUGGAACCACCUGUCAAUGUGUCGGAGGAGUUCAGAGCCCAGAGCCUGGGACUCUGUGCGGGUCCUGCCCACUUCUCCCCUCCUCCUCUCAGACUUGACCUACAGCUCUCGUGGCCUCCGAACUGACUCUCUAAACAGUCUGUGUCUCCCUCGCACCGUGGGCGGAAAGUGGGGCCAGUCCUGGCUGGGACUCCUGCCCUGGAAGUGUUGUUGCUGACCCACCAGUUUCUUCUUGUUUUGGGGAGGUCAAGGCCAGACCUCCGCUUGUCUCAAAGGGACAUUUGCAGAGUUUUCUUUCUGUCACCUAGGGUGUCUGUUCUCAUAUUUCCCUAAUAAACUCCUCAAGUUCA